AUGUCCAAGUCGAUAAUUUUUGGUGGAUCUGGUGGCAGCACGUUUGACGAUUUCACGACUAAAUCCAGUAUUGUUGGAAUCCAGAAGAUUUACAUUCGUGCAGGAAAUCAAGUAGACGGGAUUCAGGUUGUCUAUCGACUUGCCAACGGGCAGACUUGGACUAGCGGCCAACACGGUGGAGGCGGUGGAACAGACUACUCCUUUUCUGUCGGAGAAGGCAAAUUCAUUUCCAAAAUUGAAGGCAAGACAAACGAAACUCUGGUCGAUCAGCUCACUUUUACUGUGACAAACGACAAUGGCUCGACAACAAUUCAUGGCCCGUAUGGCACUACUGGAAACACUCCUUUUUCUGUGGAAGGAAAUGUUAUAGCUGUUUGUGGUCGUGCGGACAAUCUCCUUGAUGGUGUCGGUUUCUAUCUGUAUGCGCCACUGAAUAAGAUGCUAUGGCUGCAUGGUCCUGGUUUGAAGAUCUCCAAGCUAUAUAUCAGAUCUGGCGACCAAGUAAACGGUAUUCAAGCCGAGUAUGUUGCUCUCGGAGGAUCUAUUGUCAAGGGUCCUUCGUUUGGCGGCACUGAGGGAUCUUCACAUGUCAUGGUCGUUGGACUGGACGAGGUCAUCGAGAAAAUGGAAGGAAUGACAAAAUUGGAGCUCAUUGAUCAGGUCACCUUCACUAUGAGGAACACCAAGGGAGUGAGACGCACUGCUGGGCCAUAUGGUAAGACUGGAAAUACACCUUUUUCUGUUACUGCUCUUAAUGGCAUCCAAGGACUCUACGGCCGGGCAGGAGACCUUAUAGAUGCUCUCGGAGUUUAUUACAACUGA